CUCGCUUCCCUACCAGCUCUAAACCCUCGCCGCGUCGCCAAAAGAAGGAGGUCGCGGCGUACAGUCCAGCGAAACUCCCAUCUUUUUCCCCCUCCGGUUCCUCUCCUACCAGAAGCCAUUGAGGAUUGAGGAAGGCGAGCCUGUUCGCGCCAUUCUUUCUGUUUGCUCUUCCCAGAUUUAUCAAAGCCGCGGCUUUAAUUUGUCCAAACUGAUCGUCUGGCAGGAUUUAGUCUAAAUCCAGGUUAUAUACUGGUCUAAAUCCGUUGCCAGAGAGACCCUAAACCGGCUUUCGCCUCUCCUGCCCUAAACCCUCGACUACAUCCUUCCCCUCCCGGUUUCGCCCCAAAACCAUCGACUUUAUGAUUGAACCUUUGCGAUACACCCGCCGUCAUAGCUAACUGGAAUUGGGAAGGCAGCGACGGGAUCGUAUUCUGGCUCACAGAAACUACUGAAACUAUCAUCUUUCUCAUCCGAUCCGCUUCUACCAGAAACCAUUGAGAAAGGAAAGCCUCUUCGCGCCAUUCUUCCUGUUCGCUCAUCCCGGAUUUACUAAAUCCGCCGAUUCACAGGAUUUAUGAGAGUUCAGGAUUUACGGAGGCUUUUUUUGCCGUUUGGCAGGAGUUAGAUUGAAUCCUGCUUAAAACCGGCUGCCAAACAGUCCCUACAAGUCGCAACAGGCGCCUGCCAAGGAAAAUUCGCAUUUUACUCAGAUCUUUGCUGUCGGCAUCCAUGGAUAUCUCUUCCAUCGCCGCUAGGCUCGGCCACCCCAACUCAAAAACUCUCAUUCGCAAGGCUGAAGAGAUCCGCCGUCUAUCCGAUGUUCAGUUCGAUUCCUCGAUCAUGGGAGUGGGGGAAGUCGUAAAAGCAAUUGUUUGCGUGGAAAUCGCUGCUUCUCGGUUGCAAAUGAUAUUUGAUCGAUCGGCGGCAAUUCGGUUGAGUGGAAUGUCGGAAAAGGCUUACAUUAGAUGUUUCAAUGCAAUGCAGAACGGGAUUGGAGUCAAGGCGAGUUUGGAUGUUCGGGAGCUUGCGAUCCAGUUCGGUUGCGUGAGGCUUAUUUCGUUUGUGCAGAAAGGAUUAUCUCUCUACAGAGAGAGAUUUCUAGCCGCACUACCAGCCUCUCGCAGAGCAAAUACUGACUUCAGCCGUCCUGUCUUUACGGCAGUUGCAUUUUAUCUAUGUGCAAAGAAACACAAGCUCAAGGUCGACAGGUUUAAGCUCAUUGAGCUUUCUGGCACAUCCGAAUCAGAAUUCUUAACUAUUUUGAAUUCCAUGAAUGAUUUAUGCUUUGAUGUUAUUGGAAUCUCAAAGGAAAAGAAAGACGUGCGGGCUGUGAAAGGUCACCGAGAACUGUUAGAGACAUUGCCAAGCAAAAUGAUGAGACAGGAUGAUAGUGAUGUCUCUGAUGAUUCUUCCAUAGACGUUGAAAAUGAUAUCGAGCUUCCUUGUUAUAAGAAGCGGAAGUUGAUGGAGAAAAAAGAGUAUAAUGAGUGGAAAUCCUCAGUCAUUUCCUCAAACCAAAAAAUCAAAAAAGCAGCUCCUGCAAAGCGUUCCAGGCAAACUCAACUCAACUUCCCGGGAAAGCUCCAACAAGAAUUCCAAUGAAUUGUCUCAUUUUUUUCUAUGUAUUUUGCUGAAAUUUUGGCUCAUUUAUUUAAGGAUCAAAUGACAUCAUAUGCCUUAUGCUAUAGAGCUUGAAAGUGGUGGCACAUUUUGCCAUAAUGGAUAUACUUAUUUUAAAUAUUGGUAAAUAAAUUUUUUGAA